AUGAACAUCCCGAUCCAGCUGAACUACAGAGAGAAAUUGAGGAGCAAUGAGUAUGAAGCUCAGCUGGCAGCCCUGAAGAAGCAAAAAGAAGACCAGGCUACUGACGCCGAGUUGAAGGCUGCUCGGCGUGGGAAGCCUUCAUCCUCAACGCCCUCUACCAGUGUGGCCCCGAAGGCAACUGCUAGAGCAAGUGGUAAGUCUAAGGCCAAGCCGGCCAAGCCAGUGAUUCCACCAGAGAAUUCCCCAAAGGAAGUUACAAAGACACCAGUGGCUGACUUGAAGAAAUCAAGGAGUGAUCAGAAGAAAGUCAUCAAGAAACCCAAGUCAAAGUCGGUUCCCAAACCCUCUGUUCCCUCUGCCGCCUCGCAACCGCCUGUGAAGCGACAUCGUGGCAAGAGCCCAGCAGCACCUCCACAUGCAAGUGAGGAGUCCGAAAUUGAGCAGCUCAAGAAGGCCAACGCUAAGCUGACUGCGGAUUUGGAAGCCUUGCUGAAGAAAGAUUCAAGUGGCCCAGCCACACCUGCUCCGAGGGUCUCUGCCCCGUCCCCCAAGACACCUGCAAGCUCCAAACCGAAUGUGAAGGCAGCCCAGGCUGUUGCCUCGCAAGAGGAUGGGUCUGAGGAAGAGGAAGGAGAGGAAACUGAGAACGAAGAAGGAUCUGAGGAAAGUGAGCAGGAGGAAAAUGAGGAGGUCCCAGGAACAGAGGUUUCAAGUGAACCCACAGAGGCAGCCAAGAACAAUCGUCUUAGGCGUUUGUGUGAGAAGAAGCCCAGUGGACGUAUGCAGGUUCCCCAGGAGAUACAUGAUAUCUGGGCCAAGGGGGGGCCAGAGCGCUUGGCACUUCGUGACCAAUUGGAAGGUUGUGGCUGGCAGAAGGAUCGUGGAGAUGUGGGCGGCGGUAUUUCGUCGAAGGUGGACGAGCUUCGUAUGGACGCCAGCAGCAAAGGACUGGCGUGGCUGCAAGAGAAGGUGGAGAGUAUGAAACGGGAUGACUUGCAGAAGGUUGCAGCAGCUUCUGGCGUGUCUACACGUGGACAAGGUGGUUCCAAGGUGGCACUGGCUGCGCUACGCAAUGCCCUCGUGGAGCAUUUUGCCCCGCAGGAUCGUGGAGAUGUGGGCGGCGGUAUUUCGUCGAAGGUGGAAGAGCUUCGUAUGGAUGCCAGUAGCAAAGGAUUGGCGUGGCUGCGAGAGAAGGUGGAGAGUAUGAAAAGGGAUGACUUGCAUAAGGUUGCAGCAGCUUCUGGUGUGUCUACACGUGGACAAGAUGGUUCAAAGGUGGCACUGGCUGAGCUGCGCAAUGCCGUCGUGGAGCAUUUUGCCCCGCAGGAUCGUGGAGAUGUGGGCGGCGGUAUUUCGUCGAAGGUGGAAGAGCUUCGUAUGGAUGCCAGUAGCAAAGGAUUGGCGUGGCUGCGAGAGAAGGUGGAGAGUAUGAAAAGGGAUGACUUGCAUAAGGUUGCAGCAGCUUCUGGUGUGUCUACACGUGGACAAGAUGGUUCAAAGGUGGCACUGGCUGAGCUGCGCAAUGCCGUCGUGGAGCAUUUUGCCCCGCAGGAUCGUGGAGAUGUGGGCGGCGGUAUUUCGUCGAAGGUGGAAGAGCUUCGUAUGGAUGCCAGCAGCAAAGGAAUUGCAUGGUUGCGAAAGAAGGUGGAGAGCAUGAACCAGACCGAGCAGCGCAAAAUGGCAGCAGCUGUGGCAUUGUCCACACGGGGACCUGGCGCUACGCAACGCCCUCGUGGAGCAUAUUUCCCCGGAGGCGAGUCUGGGGGGGAAGGUGUUUGGUUUGGUGAGGAUUUCGUUUCUCAGUUGUGA